AGGGCGUGCGGCUGUGAGCCAUGGAAAGAGAGAUCCUUCGCUCGACCGCAUCCGUGCCGUGCUGAGCGUAACUCGGGAUGGCCGAGUGCGAGGCGGUGGAGGAUCGGUACGUGUUGCAUGAGCGCAUCGGCCGCGGCUCCUUUGGCGAGGUCUGGCGCGGCCAGGACCGCCAAACGGGCGAGGUGGUUGCGAUCAAAGUCAUUGACCUCGACCAGGCUGAGGAUGAGAUUGACGACAUCGUGCAGGAGAUCAAGGUGAUGGCGCUGUGCGAGUCCGCCUUUGUCACCCAAUACUACGGCUCCCACGUCUCGGGAAGUCAGCUAUACAUCAUCAUGGAGUACGUGGGCGGCGGCUCGAUCCUUGACAUGAUGGACGCCUUCCCCCUCACCGAGCCCUACAUCAAGACCAUCCUGCACGACGUGCUGCGCGGGCUCGACUACCUCCACACCGAGGGCAAGAUUCACCGCGACAUCAAGGCGGCCAACGUGCUGCUCGCCGAGGAUGGGGCCGUCAAGCUGGCAGACUUUGGCGUGGCGGGCCAGAUCACGGCGACCAUGUCCAAGUGCUGCACUUUCGUCGGCACGCCCUUCUGGAUGGCGCCCGAGAUGUGCCUGGGCGAGCCGCCGCACGCGGACGUCCACCCGAUGAAGGUCCUCCUCCUCAUCCCCGACAUGGAGCCGCCACAGCUGCAGGGCGGGAAGUGGUCCGCCGAGUUCCGCGACUUUGUCGGCUGCUGCCUCAAGCGGAGCGCGCCCGAGCGGCCCACCGCGCAGGAGCUGCUGCAGCACCCUUGGGUGAGGCAGCCGAGCGCCAAGCUCACCGACCUCAUCAAGCGGAGCGAGCGGCCUCCUUCCUACGACACCUCCUCCUCGGACCUCUCCCGCUACCGCCACUCCUCCAACUCCUCGAUCACGUCGCCCAGCGCCUCCCCCAGAGAGAGCGGGCAGAGGCAGUCGGCCGGCACGCCGAAAAGCAGACACUCGGCCGCGCCACUCUCUCCGGGCGGCGUGCACCGGGACAAGGCGGUGCAAAAGGCGCUCGCGCAGCUCAAGCUGGCGUUCGACCACCUCGAGAAGCUCCGCCCCUCCAUCUCCCGCGACGUGCUGAUGCAGAUGUUCGAGCUCGUCGUCUCGUCCAAGAACCCGCACGUCUCCUCUCUCAUGCCGCCCGCCGUCGCGGCGCUCGCUCGCGCCCCGCCCCCCUCCUCGCCCGGACCACCCCUGGGAGCACCCGGCUUGCCGCCCUCGCGCCCCUCCGCCAGCUGAGACGAGCUCGCGCCGGCCGCGGAGAAUUCGCCGCCCUCGGGGAUCUGCACAGCCUCCCGCCCCGACUGCCUGGGCUGGGGGGCAGCGGGAGGGCAGCGGGAGAGCCAGGGCGCGGCGAGGGCCGCCGCCUCUGGCGCAGGAGCCGCUCCCGGCCCGGCUGCCGGCUCGCAGAGGCGAGAGCUGGCACUGUUUGUCUACUCGUGGGACCGCCUGCACACCUCCUUCCGCCGUUUUGGCGUUUCCCUCCUUCGCCUGUAGUACGUCUCGCCGAGCUCGACCCGCACCCGACGGACAGGAGCCGAGUCGCGAGUGACACUGUGACACAUACACAUAUACACGAGUCCGCCGAGCGCCGCGCUCCUGCGAUUUUACUUAUUGGGCAAACGAAUGUACACUUAUGCUUUUCCCAUACAUGGAAAUCUC